CGCAGAGUCGCAUAUCCGAGCUCACUCCUCCAUUGCGCCACGCAGCAUGACCGGCGGCCAGACGAUCUUCAAGGGCCUCUUGGGCCUCGACGACUGGAUAUGGUGGAUCAUCAUCGGCGGCGUCGCCUUCUUCCUCAUCCUCCUCGUCGUGUGCUUCUGCAUCUGCAUGCGCCGCGCCCGCGCCAAGGGUCGCCGUGACGCCGAAGAGGCCAUGCAGGAGCAGCGCGAGACCGAGGCGCGCGACCGCAUGCUUGAGGAAGCACAGAUCGCGCGCCAGCAGCGCGAGCAGGCGCAGCGCCUCCAAGACGAGCAAUUCCAGCACAAGCUGUCCAUGUCGACAACGUCCUCGAGCGCGUGGCAGCAACCCAACCCGUACAACGCCUCGACGUAUGGCCGCACGAGCGAGCCGGGCUUGUACCGCCCGCCGUCCGCAGGGCCCCAUGGCUUUGUGCUGCACGACGCCGAGGCGCCGUACGCGAGCCUCCAGUCGCCCAACCACACCACCGGCCAUGGACGCAUGCCGAACCCGCGCGACGACUCGUAUGCGUCGACGGCCGGUCGACCGCUGAACGACUCGACGAUGAGCGCCGACAUCGUCGACUACUCGGUCCAAGGCACGUAUCUUUCGCCGCGGUCCAAGCAAAAGCUGUACAGUGACCUCGACCGCCGACAGUCGCCGCAUCGCAAGUCGGACGCGACCGACUUUGAGCUCGACGUCGACCACCCGGCCGAGCGUGUACCAAGCCACCGAUCGAUCGAGUUUUAAUACAUCUAUUUUCAUCUG